AUGGCUUCAUCUCCGUGCGGCAAUAGUAACUUUGAUUCCGGUCUGGAAAUCAAAACUCGCUCGGUGGAGCAGACGCUUAUUCCUCUGGUAUCGCAGAUCACCACGCUGAUCAACCAUAAAGACAAGCCAAAGAAAUCGGAGCGGACCCUAGUGGCCAUACACCGGGUGGGUCAGGCAGUGAGUGUGGCAGUGGGGCGUUUCGUUGCCGUCGGCGAGGCCAUUGCUGCAGAAAACCAAGAGCUGAAGGAUGAGAUGGGUCAAGCCUGUUUUGAGGCCCGCAGAGCAGGUGACGCUAUAGCCCAGUUGACAGAUGUGGGAUCAGCCUCUCCGUCCCAGUCUGACGGCCGAGUCACAGUGUUCAGUGAUCGGACGGGCAUGGUGAAAGCUGCCCGUCUGCUCCUGUCCUCGGUCACCAAAGUCCUGGUCCUGGCCGACCGCAUCGUCAUCAAGCAGAUCAUCACAUCCCGCAACAAGGUCUUGGUAACUCUGGACCACCUGGAAAGAGUCAGCACCUUCCAGGAAUUUGUUCAGAUUUUUAGCCAGUUUGGGAAUGAGAUGGUGGAGUUUGCCCACCUCACUGGAGACAGACAGAACGACCUGAAGGAUGAGAAGAAGAAAGCCCGGAUGGCAGCCGCUAGAGCAGUACUGGAGAAAUGCACCAUGAUGCUCCUCACAGCCUCCAAGACCUGCCUCAGGCACCCGGAUUGCGAGUCGGCUCGGAUCAACAAAGACGCCGUUUUCCACCGAAUGCGCUGUGCCCUGGAGCAGGUCAUCGAGAUAGUUACGGAGGCUCGGAGCUGCGGCGAGAACAAGAUCCUCCCUGCCAGCAUUUACAACGGCAUCAAGGAUUUCAAGUCUGGUGUGGAGAGCCUGCGGGACAACCUGUACUCCUCAUCACCCCAGAGCAUGGGCGGUCAGCUGGAGGCGCUGGUGGAGAGGACGGAGGAUUUCACCGAUUCGGCUUACACCAGCCACGAGCAGCGGCAGGCCAUUCUCAGCCUGUGCCAGCUGGCUCGCCAAGACACUCAGCAGCUGGUUCACGCCUGGAUCGAGGCGCAGUCUGUCCACGCCAAAGAGGCCACAGAGGACAUGGAGGUGUCCAUCCUGAAGACCUGCCAGGGUGUCAACGACCUCAGACGUGAGCUCCAUAAGGUGGCAGUCAGUCGUGCCUCAGACUUACUCAAAGUUCACGGUGAACAGUUGCCUCUGCGGGCUCUCAAAGCUGCAGGUGCAGAGGGAAACCUGGAGGCAGUGGCCGAAUAUUCACGCACGCUCACUGAGCAGAAGGAGCAGCUGGUGGAGACGUGUCGGCUGCUGUGCCAUGUGUCAGGAACAGAACCGUUGGAGAUCACCUGUAUACACGCUGAGGAGACCUUCCAUGUCAUCGGCCCACAGAUCAUCUCAGCGGCCCAGACACUGGCCCUUCACCCAUCCAGUAAAAUCGCAAAGGAGAACCUGGAGGUGUUCUGCGAGGCCUGGGAGUCGCAGCUCUGUGACAUGGCGCUGCUGCUGAGGGAGAUCAACGACGUCUUUGAAGGCAGGCGAGGAGACAAAAGACCUUAUUUGUCACUUCCCAGACCCGGGAAACACUCAGCUAACUUGAAGACUGCCAAGGCUGUCAAGUUGGAUGCAGAGGAGCAGACCAGCAUGGCCAAACUGGGUCUGGAGCUGCGUCUGCUGUCAUCAGAUGUGGAUACAGAGGUGGAAAAGUGGGAGGAGCAAGAACACGAAAUCGUCCGACAGAGCCAGAGCCUGGCCAGUAUGGCGUACAACAUGUACCUGUUCACCAGAGGGGAGGGGCUGCUGAAAACAACACUAGAUCUGUUUCAUCAAGCAGAGGUUCUUUCUGAAGAGGGCCUCCAGCUGUGCUCAUCUCUGCGUACGUUUUCUACUCAGCUGGUUGACGAGGAGAAGUCUGUGGUGAUGACAGAGAUGGACAAACUGGUGACGCUGUGCCAACAGUUGCAGAUGGGGGCCAAGACUCCUGUACAGGGCAAGACUGCCACCUUCCAGAAGGUGGACUCAUCCAUUCAGACGGCCAGAGGAGUCUUAACCGUGGUCCUGUCCCUGCUACCGUUCUGUAACAAGCUCAACAAGAAGUACAAGUCCGAGAGGAGUAGCCUGGGUUCCCCUCAGGACUGGAAAGAGAGACAGGAUGCAUCCACCCCUGUCAAAGAGGAGGGAGCUCUCAAUAACAAGAACAGCAAUGGCUUUGGUGUCAAAUCACUGGAGCAGCACAUGGCCGGUCUCAACCUACUGGAGAGUAAAUAAUCCAGGAAAAUACUCAACAUCUCCUCUGUUUUUUGACGCUGUUCUCUGCCGGAGCAGCACAGAGCCAAUGUCAGUCACCGCUCUGGAGGACAAAUAAUCCAGGAAACGCUCCCCUCAUAAUCACGCACCCAUCGUAGAGUGGGAUUAAGCCACGGGGGGGAGGGGGAAGGGGGGGGUUGGGGUGAAGGUGGUCAACUUGGGUCAGUCGGAGUCUGUUUUUGAUCAUUUCAAUCACAAAUAAUGAUCUGUCAUUCUUACCUGAAGCAUCAGUUCCUCCCCAGGCCACAAGGUGGAGACAAUCAGCCAACACAAAACUUUUCAGUGACCUUCUUCUUCAAAAAGAGUCCUGAUUUUGGGCUCACUUUUAUCACUUCCACCCCCCCACCUCUACCCCAGCUGCUGAAGUGAUAAAGUGAUUGGAAAUCAGGAGGGAACUCCUCUCAGAAGCUCAGCCAUGCAUCCGUUUUCACUACGUGCCUCUGUGAAACGAGCCUAUUUGCUUUGUGGUGUACUGUUGAUAGUGUUGCACAUCAUAGCCAAAUGAAAAGAAGAAAAAACAAACAUGGCUGAAAACCCACCGUGCAUGUUGCCAUGAUCACCAAACCCUUGUAUUUGAGUCUCCUUUUGGUCAGUGUGUCAUGCAGUUGUAGUGUUAACACUUGUUCUGUAGUGUUAUUGACUGUGGUACAUUAUUAUCCUUGAUCACUGGUAUUGUCAAAUGGAGAAGUAUUUUAAAAGUCAAACAUGUCGUAUGAAAAAAAGUUUCACAGAAACUGCAACAGAACAUGUGCCAUAUUAGUAUCAAGAUGCAAAAAAAUAAUAAUAAUAAUCACAAUUUAAUGCCAAAUACUAUUGUCCAAAAAGAGACAAUGUUACCUUCAGCUUGCUACUGUUAUAAUAUGAAAUAUAAAGCUCUUAUUCAGCGUUUGUCACUGUUUCUGUUGGCCUGGCUUCUUUAAAAGUUGAUGCAUAAAAAAA